AUGAGAGCUGAACCUGAUUUAUGUGCACUAUGCCAAGAAAUCAACCUGGAGGACCUCAAAAGCGACCAGGGAUACCUCCACCAUGCAACCUGCGAUGCCCUCGUCCAGAGUGCGCAUACUUGCCAUUUAUGCAAGUCCAUUAUGAAUUUAUUCAUACGAAGCAUCCACACGAAUCGACGCGUUACCCAUCCAAUGCGAAGUAUCUGUGACUGCGGUCAUCUGGGCCCUGUGGCUCUGCAUGCUGCGUGCCCGGAUAUAAACUCUAAUGGGAGACAUUACCAGGAACAUACGCCAGGCCCUGUUUUGAGCAGAAAACUAUCAUUGCAAGUAGCGGUUACCAUAGGGUCCAUCAAGGAUCGAAUAUCCUAUGGCACGAUGUACCCAACUUUAUUGAUAUUUUGUGAUCCAAGUUCGUUCCUAAGAUGA